AUGUCGUAUAUGUUCUCAUUCACAGCAAUUACUGCACUCAAGUCCAGCACUGGUGCCAUCAUUGCGACAAUUCUUGGCGAAUACGUCACACGCGUGGGGAUGCAUUUGUUGAGGGGCCCUGAUGUCGGCGAUGACUACCACAAGUUUCAUUUAGCUGAGCUACCUUCACUCUAUGUGAAAAUGAUUGCCUCUGGCGCGAUCCUAUUCAUAUUUUUAACACAUGCCUUUCAUCCAAUCGUUGGCCCUCGAGUACAGCUAACUGUAACGGCAGCCAAGAUUCUCCUGCUGUGCUGUAUCCCAAUUUUGGCCCUUGUGAUGGUAUUGAUGGGAAACGUACCAACAGAGUCGAAACACGCAUUUUCCUCGUUCACGGGUCUCUUCGACGGCACGACGAAAGACGUAGGACAAUAUGCGCUCGCACUGUACAGUGGCCUUUGGGCAUUUGAUGGGUGGGACCAGUGUACAUUUGUGACUGGUGAGUUGGAUGACCCAGCUCGAAAAGUGUCGCUCGCCGUCAUUGCCAGCACGGAGGUGGUUACGCUGUUGUUUCUUAGCACGGUUGUUUCAUACUUCCUUGUUCUACCACCAGGUCUAGUAGCACGCACGAAUUCCGUUGCACUGGAUUUCGGCAUUGCCACGUUUGGCUCGACAGGUGGCGUUGUGUUUGCAGCGCUCGUUGCAUUUUCAUGCUUCGGCGCACUUAAUGGUCACAUGUACACAUACUCGCACCUAGCUGCUGCCGCAGGUCGAGAGGGAUACCUUCCGAGGCAAAUAGGCGUCCAACACACGAAAUUUGGGACGCCACUGUAUGCACAGAUGCUCACGCAUACUCUCACGCUGCUCUUUGUCGUAUUUGGCUCAGGCUUCACGAGCCUUGUUAACUUCGCGGGCGUUUGCUCGUGGUUCUGGUAUGGAUGCACCGUGACGUGCGUUCUUGUGUUGCGUAUCCAGGAGCCACACCUAGAGAGACCGUAUCGAGUUUGGCUGUCUACACCGAUUCUAUUUUCUUUUGUGGCCAUCUUUCUUCUCGUCAUGCCUGUUUUCUCCGCGCCCUGGGAGGCACUUGCAGCAUUCAUUUUCAUUUUCUCAGGCAUGCCACUCUACCUCAUUACCCAUCCUCAAGCAAGACGUGCGGCUUGGUCUGUAUUUGCUAGUUCAAAUGCUUAUGCAUUCAAGCCCAUCGCGACGUCCGCAGGAACAACGGAUGCUCAGAACAAUAUACCCAUGUGGGAGCUGAAUGAGUCUAGAACCCAUUCGCCAAGCACGACGUAA